GAGCCAUUAGUCGGAUGCCAAGCGAUCGAGGAAGCGUCAAAACACGAGCACCACGGUCACGCAGCGCGCGUCGACGCAUCCCAGCUGCCAUCGGUCGUGCCGGACGGUUGCGCGCAUCCACAGCUAGGCCGUUGCGCUUCCAAACACCGGGACGCAGGGAAUCGCGGUGCACCCAGGCAGGAAGGACACUCGACCGUGGGCCAACUACCACCGCAGGUCCGCGGGAGCAUCGAUAGCUGCGGCGAAAGGCGGGGAUCCCCGGCAUAGUUGCCCCACGGGAACCUCGAGGAGGAAGUCCCUCUAGAGCAACAGCUCAAGCAAGACAUGAAGCCCGCCCCCGGCGCAGCAGGAAGGGGUCGCGGGACGGCACAAGCGGCCGCCAAGCCGACCGCUUCGCGGAAGGCAUCCGUCGCUGCCAAAGCGGCCCCCGACCCAGCGGCGGCGGUACCGGCUGCGCCGAAGGCAGUGACGUCACCAGCGGGACCUUCGAAGCAGGCGGCACCCGGGGGCUCGCCGGGGCGCGUCGGCCGCGUCAAGGCUCCCGGCGGAGCGGGCACGCCCACCCCGGCGGCCGCUGCGGCAGGCAAGGCGCCGCCGCCUCCCGCCGCAGCAGCGGCAGCGCCGGCAGCAGCCGCUUGUCCCGCCGACGCCGCCAAGCUGGGCGCUGCGGCGGCCGCCAAGGCUGCCCAGGCAGCUGAAAGGGCCGACGCCUUCAUCUACGAGGAGUACGGCUUCCCGUCGGCGGCCGAGCCCAUGCCAGCGGCCAACCCGCUGCUCAUCUUCUCGGUGCUGGUCUCUUACUUCCUGUUCGUGGCGGCCUGCUUCCUCAUCAUCAAGUACGCCUACCACGGCUACGAUGUGAACGCGCCGGACGUUCACACGGUGACCAGCAAGGACAUUCACUCGAAGCUUGAGUUUGACCCGAAGGACCUCGAGGACAACAAGCCUUCGGCUAGUGCAAGGCGCUUCGCAAGUUUCGGACGGGUGAAGAGAAAGGGCUCGAAAAAGCCAGUCCGAACCAGGAAGGUUGGUCGGCGGUCCACGUCGUCGGCUUGGGAGAACGAGCGGGUGACCAUGAUGGCCGCCGAUGUGGACUACCUCGCCGAGGUGUUGGGCUCGCGGGUAGCGGUCGAGGGCGCUGGCCUACAUCAGCGCGCCAAGACCACGGUCCACGCCGAGGAGGCCGACGACUCUGGCAACGACGAUGCUCCGUCCUCCCCGGGUCGCCCAAGCGUGCGGCCGAAAAACUUGAAUAAGAGCGGUUGAGCGGCUGUUCGCGCCCGAAUGUUGUGUGGUCCUCGCUGCUUGCUGUGGUGGAGUGAGAUAGUGAUGAUGAUGAUGAUAAUGAUGAAGCGGGCCUACGUACUGCGCCCGCUUCGGCGAUUUCCGUUUUGUGCCGUGCGAACUUUUCUGUAGUCGUUUCUCUCUCUCUCUUUUUUUUUUGGAGCGUCAGAGCGCGUAUAAUAAAAGAAACGUUUGAGGGUGCGCCCAUUACGCGCCCUUAGGAUACGUA